AGUCACCCUCAGGGGAGGACGCAGCACACACACACACACACACACACGCAGCACACACACAGACAGGGCAGGUUGCCGCUCUCCUCAUCCCACCGUGGACGCCAAAUGCCUGCAGAUGACCUCACUGACUCUCAAAUACAUACCGAGAGAGAUGUGUGUGUGUGUUCUCCAAAAAUGCCAAAGGUCCCUGGGCAUAUCAGCGUCCUCCCAUACACACACACGCACCGCCUUCUCACACAAACGUGGCCUUUGAGGAGAAAAGUGUUGGAUUCUGGACAAAGAAUUUCUACCAUUCAGCGUCACAGACCAACUUCAGAUAGAAACCUCAGCCUGCAGGAGGCUCUACAGCUGUUCAGGCCAGACUUCAUAAGUCGAUCUCAGAGCCGAAUGAAGCGAUUGGAGCAGAGGGUCCUGGAGAGGCGGGCCCUUUACAACAAGCCCCUCCCAUGGGGGGCAUGGCAUGUUCAUAGAGGCCAGAACUGCACAACACCACACCCCUUAAGUGAUCAUCUCUAUAAACCACAAGAGAGAGCCAUCUCUGGAAAGGAAAUGCAGCUUCGAUCUCGACGGAUGUACAACAGGUUGCCAGAGGUUGCCAACAAGAGACAGCAGGAACAAAGGAGAGUGAUGUCACAGACCAACCGCCUCAGAGCAGAGGUCUUCAAAAAGAAACUUCUGGAUCAAGUCCUCCAGAGAAACACAGACUGAUCACCUGCUCCGUAACACACUAACGGAACCAGAUGUCCACCUGCUCCGUAACACACUAAAGGAACCAGAUGAUCACCUGCUCCGUAACACACUAACGGAACCUCUGGAUCACCUGCUCCAUAACACACUAACGGAACCUCUGGAUCACCUGCUCCGUAACACACUAACAGAACCUCCUGACCACCUGCUCCGUAACACACUAAAGGAACCUCUGGAUCACCUGCUCCGUAACACACUAACGGAACCACAUGACCACCUGCUCCGUAACACACUCACAGAACAGCCUGACCUUACAUCUGACCGGGGAGAGAGACAGGACUAAAUGUGUGUGUGCUGAGCUCCUCUGUCUAACCCUAACCCUUGUGUCCCGUUGUAACGCAACAGGCCCGUCAGUGCUUUUAUUUCAAUAUAUUGGACUACUGAGAGGAUCUUAGAACUUCCUUUUUAAUUUCAAUAGAUUGGACUACUGAGAGGAUCUUAGAACUUCUUUUUCCUGCAGCGCUGUGUGGUUCAGAAAUCCUUUUCCAUCUCGGAGUCCCUUCGCCAGCCCAUUGGGAAUCACUGGAGUCUAAAUGACAACCUUUAUCUGGGGCUUUAUUUGGAAAAUUACUGCAUAUGAUCCCACUGGCAUAAUGGAACUGUUUCACAUAAAGAUUACAGAUGACAAAUGUGGGGAUGUGGGGUUUAUGCACAAGUGUGUGUGUGUGUGUGUGUGUGUGUGUGUGUGUG